AUGUUGGGCAAGCUUGCAUUCGGGGCCUUCGCCCUGAUGACGGCCCCCUUCACGACGGCGUAUGUGAUUCAGCCACACGAGCGGGAGAAUUACACGAGCUUCAAUGAGGAACGCUCUUCUCCUCUUGUAUCUCGAGCCGACAGCGACCCCACGGAUUUCAGCUGGGUCAAACGGUGGGCUGCCAUUGGUGAUAGCUUCACCGCAGGCAUCGGUUCCGGCAAGCAGCUCGGCAGCCUGGUGACGACUGACCCCGAGUCCCGCAAGAACUGGAGGUGCUCGCGGUACUCCUACUCGUGGCCGCAAAUUGUCAAUCAUGGCCUGGGUCCGAGUGUCUCAAACUUUCAGUUCCCAGCCUGCAGUGGCGACCGUACUGAGGGGAUCUACAAGCAGGCGGAUGCCCUGUUGGGGAACCUGGACGUGGUGAUGAUGACUGCUGGCGGCAAUGAUCUCUGUCUCGCAGCAAUGAUCAAGGAAUGUGUCUUCUUGCCUUGGAGAGGCGCCCAGGUGUGCCAAGACGUCAUCGACAAGGCCCAGCAGAAUAUCGACACUAUCCUGAAGGGCAACAUCCAGAGCGUUCUUGACAAGGUCGAGGACAAAAUGAAUUCAAACAGCAUUCUUAUCUACAACGGCUACGCACCCUUCUUCAACACGGACAACGAGGACUGCGCAGACCAAAGCAAGCAGUCCUGGGCCAUCCGGGAGUGGUGGUGGAUCUCGUACUGGCUGAGCACGCCACUGCCGCUGAACAUUGAGCGACGCAAGAAGUUCAAUACCCUGGUCGAUAACAUCAACAAAGCCAUCAAGGAGGUCGUCGAUGCCAACGAUGGCAAGAAGAGGUACAGGAUCGCCUUUUCCGACUGGAGUCAAUGGCCAGGCAUCGUCGAUGGACAAAUGUGCUCGCCCAGCAGUGAUGGCCGCUACCCGGACCCAAAGCAGCCCAAUCUCCAGUUUUUCAAGCCCGAUACCUACGCUGUAGUUGCCGGCCACGACGGUCUGAAGCGCGAUGAAGCUGCUGUCGAGGUGGCCAAGGAAGAGGAUUCGCCGUAUAUCAAGAAGGCCCUGGAGAGGCGAGAUGAAUACAUCCAGCGGAUGAAACAACGGUACCCCAGGAACGAGGACCUGUACGACUCCCUGAUCUACAAGUCCAGAAACCCGCGGGCCGUCGCUCUGCACAAGCUCGACCCGCGCGCUACACCGUCCCCUCCGAAUUGCCCCGGUGAUGGUGGGCCGGAGCCUCCGCUAGGUAUGGGCCUGCCGGACAGCUUCCUAGAGAACUUCCACCCCAACGAAAAAGGCCACGAGACCAUCGCCGCCAGCUCCUUCGAGACGCUCGCGUGGAUGCGGGCCAAGAUACUCAAUAAGGACUCGUGCGCCAUCGGCGACAAGGACGUCUUCACCUGCUGGUCGACCGACAACAACGGGCGCAACCCGGCCCUGGCCUACGUCAGCUGGGACCGGCUCGACAAAAACGCCAAGGACUUUUGCAACAACGUCGUCAAGCAGCCCGACAACACGGUUAACUGGGGCAAGACGCAGACGUACCACGAGAACACGCCCGAGCACCACGAGUUCCGGAUCCAACUCGACAACGGCGCCAAGAACUUCAACAAGGACGAGUGCCUGGACGCCUUUGACAAGAUCAUCAACUCGUGCGACGGGGAUAAGGACAAGAACCCGCUCAACUUCAAGCACGGCGGGCGCUGGGUCAAGGGCGACUACACGUACGAGAUCAACCCCAAGUGGGACCGCGGGUUCCUGACGCGCAUGGACGGCGAGUGCAACAGCCACUACAAGCUCCUGUUCUCCGACUACGACAUGAGGGGCAAUGGCUGGGCCGGGUGGGACUACGGCCAGCAGACCAUCGUGCCCAACAUCAAGGGCUGUCUGGGGCUGGGUCUGACAAAGUGGAAGUUCAAGUACUGCCAGAAGCGAGAGGACUGCGGCGGAUACGACUGGUAUGCAUCGUGGCGUACUCCUGUCUUUGUCAAGGCAAGAUGCUUUGGUAACUUGAAGGUGGUCAAGGCCGCGGGAGGUUACACGCACGAGUAUGGUAAGGAGUAUGAGAAAUAUGGCUGUGGAGGGAGCGAUAAAUGA